CUAAAAAUAUUUAAGUAGGCAUUUCUGAUAUGGUUAAGGAGGACGCAACUUUUUAUUAACCUUUAUAUCAUGACAUAAUAUAAUGUGCUUAGACAAACAAUUCAAGAUUGAGCACAAUGUUAAGAGUACAUAUAUAUAUGGAUGGCUAAAGGCCAGCAAAAGAAUGAGGUCCAGAACUUUCCCUCCAAAGGUUCCCACACCCACACAUUAGAAUCAAAUCCCAAUCCAUUUUAUGCUCUCUGCUCAGAGGAGCGCUUCUCUCCUCCCACUCGAUAAAAAGCAGUGGAGAGGGACGAACAGUUCGAGAUGCUCAUUACGACAACGGCCUCGAUCUACCGCUCCUGCCUCUCUUUCUUCUGCUCACCUUCUUCCCCCUCUUCCAAAACUCUGAUCUCCUCUCUCCUACCGAGCAACAUCAGCUUCCGAUCCGGACUCUUGGGUUCUUCCUCACUCGUCCGGCGGAGGCGGGGCCACCAUAGCUGGCGAGCGGCUUCGGCGUCGAAGGAGGUCAUGCAAGUCGCGGCGAAGAGGCUGGAGAAUCCCGACGAGCUUAUCGAUUCGGUCGAGACCUUCAUAUUUGAUUGCGAUGGAGUGGUGUGGAAGGGGGAUAAGUUGAUCGACGGGGUUCCCGAAACCCUAGACAUGUUACGUUCAAAGGGAACGAGACAGGUGUUUGUAACUAACAAUUCAACCAAGUCAAGGAAGCAGUAUGGCAAGAAGUUUGAGACAUUGGGUCUUAAUGUCAGCGAGGAGGAGAUAUUUGCAUCAUCUUUUGCAGCUGCUGCUUAUUUGGAGUCCAUUGAUUUCCCUAAAGAUAAAAAGGUUUAUGUGAUAGGUGAGGAUGGUAUUCUUAAGGAGCUGGAGCUUGCUGGAUUUCAGUAUCUUGGUGGUCCGGCUGAUGGUGAAAAGAAGAUAGAGCUAAAACCUGGUUUUCUGAUGGAGCAUGACAAAAAUGUUGGUGCCGUUGUAGUUGGCUUUGAUCGAUAUGUCAACUACUAUAAAAUCCAGUAUGGAACUCUAUGCAUACGGGAAAAUCCUGGCUGUCUUUUCAUAGCAACAAACCGUGAUGCUGUUACUCAUCUCACAGAUGCUCAAGAAUGGGCAGGUGGGGGUUCUAUGGUUGGUGCAAUUUAUGGUUCCACUCGACAAGAGCCUACUGUAGUAGGAAAGCCCUCUACUUUUAUGAUGGACUAUUUAUCCCAGAAGUUUGGUAUUCUAAAAUCACAAAUAUGUAUGGUUGGGGAUAGAUUGGAUACGGACGUACUAUUCGGGCAAAAUGGUGGCUGCAGAACUCUUCUUGUUCUCUCAGGCGUGACCACGCUGCAAAUGCUUCAAAAUCCAAGCAAUCCCAUACAACCUGAUUUCUACGCCGGUAAAGUUUCUGACUUCCUUGGUCUUAAAGCUGCAGCCGUAUAAACCAACCAACAAUUAAAGUUAAUUUUAUUUAAAUAAUUUAGAUUCUUUUAAUUGUGAAAUUAUAAAACUCCGGUUAGCGUUGAUUUAUUAUAUGUAAACAGAGCGAAUGGAAAAGUUAUUGUGUGUAAUAAUAAACUAGUGACGUGGAAUGGUUCGG